AUGGGGCGCUUGGAGCUGCUGUUUGUGGAGAAUUUCAAGUCGUGGCGGGGCCUCCAGGUCAUCGGCCCCUUCAAGACCUUCACCUGCAUCAUAGGCCCCAACGGCUCUGGAAAAUCUAAUGUAAUGGAUGCUCUUAGUUUUGUAAUGGGAGAGAAAACAGCUAAUUUAAGAGUGAAAAAUAUUCAAGAACUUAUUCAUGGGGCACAUAUUGGAAAACCUGUUUCUUCUUCUGCAAGUGUGAAAAUUAUAUAUGUGGAGGAGAGUGGAGAGGAGAAAACAUUUACAAGGGUUAUCCGAGGGGGAUGUUCAGAAUUUCAUUUUAAUGAUAGUUCCGUGAGUCGUUCUGCAUACAUAGCAGAGUUGGAAAAGAUAGGCAUAAAAGUCAAAGCCCGAAACUGUCUAAUUUUUCAGGGAACUGUAGAAUCAAUUUCAAUGAAGAAGCCCAAAGAAAGAGCCCAAUUCUUUGAGGAAAUCAGCACUUCAGGAGAGCUUAUAAAAGAAUACGAAGAAAAGAAGAGAAAGUUACAAAAAGCUGAAGAAGAUGCACAGUUUCAUUUUAAUAAGAAAAAAAAUGUAGCUGCAGAGCGCAGGCAUGCAAAAUUAGAGAAAGAAGAGGCAGAGCGUUACCAAAGCCUCCUUGAGGAAUUGAAAACAAACAGAAUACAACUGAAGCUUUUUCAACUAUAUUAUAAUGAGAAAAAAAUUAAUUUUCUGAACACCGAGCUAGAGCAUAUGAACAGGAAUUUGAAUGACAUAAAAGAGACUCUUUCUCAUCAUGAAAACACACUUAAAUCCAAGAAAAAGGAUCAUGGAGUACUAACUAGACAACUACACCAAACAGAAAAAGAACUGAAAUCUCUUGAUGCACUUUUAAAUCAGAAGAGACCCCAGUACAUUAAAGCUAAAGAAAAUACUUCUCAUCAUCUCAAAAAAUUGGAUGUGUCUAAGAAAUCAAUAAAGGACAACGAAAAACAAUGUUCUAAACAGGAAGAUGACAUUAGAGCCCUAGAGGCAGAGCUGGUUGACUUAGAUAGUGCAUGGAAAAGUUUUGAAAAGCAGGUUGAAGAAGAAAUCUUGCAUAAAGGGCAGGACAUUGAAUUGCAAGCUAGUCAGCUGGAUCGUUACAAAGAGCUAAAGGAACAAGUGAGAAGGAAAGUAGCUAUAAUGACCCAACAACUGGAGAAGCUACAGUGGGAGCAGAAAGCAGAAAAGGAAAGACUAGCAUUUGAAAAGAGGAGGCAUGGAGAAGUUCAGGGAAAUCUGAAACAAGUAAAAGAGCAAAUAGAAGAUCAUAAGAAACGAAUAGAGAAGUUGGAGGAGUAUACAAAAGCUUGCAUGGAUUGCUUGAAGGAGAAAAAACAGCAAGAGGAAGCUUUGCUAGAUGAAAUUGGAGCCACAAAAUCAAGGAUGUCUGAAGUUAAUGAAGAAUUGAAUCUUAUUACAACUGAAUUAAGGAAUGCUGGAAUUGAAAACCAUGAGGGGAAAUGUGAGCAAAAGAGAGCAGAAGUUCUGGAAAACCUUAAAAGACUUCACCCAGAUUCUGUGUUCGGAAGACUGCUUGACUUAUGCCACCCUAUUCAUAAAAAAUACCAGCUGGCUGUGACUAAACUUUUUGGACGGUACAUUGUUGCCAUCAUUGUAGCCUCUGAAAAGGUUGCAAGAGAUUGUAUUCGAUUUCUGAAGGAAGAAAGAGCUGAACCUGAGACAUUCCUUGCUCUAGAUUACCUUGAUAUCAAGCCAAUAAAUGAAAGACUAAGGGAGAUUAAGGGGUGUAAAAUGGUGAUUGAUGUGAUAAAGACUCAGUUUCCUCAGCUAAAGAAAGUCAUUCAGUUUGUUUGUGGAAAUGGUCUGGUCUGUGAGACGGUGGAAGAAGCAAGACAUGUUGCAUUCAGUGGACCUGAAAGACAGAAAACAGUAGCUCUUGAUGGAACACUAUUUUUAAAAUCUGGAGUGAUCUCUGGAGGAUCAAGUGACUUAAAACAUAAGGCUAGAUGCUGGGAUGAGAAAGAGUUAAAGAAUUUAAGAGACAAAAGAAGCCAUCUAGUCCAAGAACUAAAGGACUUAAUGAAGAGACUCCGCAAGGAAUCAGAUUUGAAACAAAUACAGACACUAUUACAUGGAACUAACACACGACUCAAGUAUUCACAGAGUGAAUUAGACAUGAUUAAGAAAAAGCAUCUUGCCGCAUUUCACAAGGAGCAAUCUCAGCUACAAAGUGAGUUACUAAACAUUGAGUCUCAGUGCACCAUGCUGAGUGAAGGAAUUAAAGAACAACAACAAAGAAUUGAAGCAUUUCAGGAACAGAUAGAUAAGGUAGAAGAUGACAUAUUCCAACACUUAUGUGAAGAAAUUGGUGUGGCAAAUAUUCGUGAAUUUGAGAACAAACAUGUUAAACAGCAGCAAGAAAUUGAUCAAAAAAGAUUAGAAUUUGAAAAACAAAAAACCCGGCUUAAUAUUCAACUUGAAUAUAGUCAAAAACAGCUUAAGAAGAAACGCAGUGAGAUCAACACAUUAAAAGAAACUGUUCAGAAAGGUAGUGAAGACAUUGAAAACCUAAAGAAGGCUGAAGAAAAUUAUCUGCAGGCUGUGGAUGAACUCAUGGCGAAGCAGCAGCAAGUUAAGGAAAUAUAUGUCACUCGAAACUCCAACAUUGAGAAAAUGCAAUCUCAGAUUGAAGAGGAGCGGAAAAAAUUCUUGGCUGUUGACAGGGAAGUGGGAAAAUUACAAAAGGAAGUCAUAAUUAUUCAGGGUUCCCUGGAACAGAAACAAUUAGAGAAACACAACAUUCUGCUUGACUGCAAAGUUCAAGACAUUGAAAUAAUCCUGUUGUUGGGGUCACUGGAUGACAUCAUUGAAGUGGAGUUGGGAACUGACACGGAAAGUACCCAGGCAACAAUUAGUAUCUAUGAGAAGGAAGCAUCCAUUGAAGUAGACUACAGCCCUCUGAGGGAAGAUUUGAAGGCUCUACAAUCUGAUAGGGAGAUAGAAGCCCAUCUUACAUGCCUUUUACAGCAAGUAGCAUCCCAGGAAGAUAUCUUAUUGAAGACAGGAGCCCCAAACUUACGAGCACUGGAGAACUUAAAGACUGUCAGAGACAAGUUUCAAGAGUCCAUUGAUGCUUUUGAGGCCAGCAGAAAGGAAGCCAGAAUAUCUAGGCAAGAGUUUGAACAAGUGAAAAAAAGAAGAUGCGACCUUUUCAACCAGUGUUUUGAGCACGUCUCAGUUUCCAUUGAUCAAAUCUACAAGAAGCUUUGCAGAAAUAACAGUGCCCAGGCAUUUCUUAGCCCAGAGAACCCUGAAGAACCUUACUUAGAUGGCAUUAGCUAUAACUGUGUGGCCCCAGGCAAACGGUUUAUGCCAAUGGACAAUCUGUCAGGAGGAGAAAAGUGUGUGGCAGCUUUGGCUCUCCUGUUUGCCGUACACAGUUUUCGGCCUGCUCCAUUCUUUGUUUUAGAUGAAGUAGAUGCAGCCCUCGACAAUACUAAUAUCGGCAAGGUUUCAAGCUACAUUAAAGAGCAAACACAAGAACAGUUUCAGAUGAUAGUCAUCUCGCUGAAAGAAGAGUUCUACUCCAGAGCCGAUGCACUGAUAGGCAUCUACCCAGAGCAUGACGAUUGCAUGUUCAGCCGAGUUUUGACCCUCGAUCUUUCCAUGUAUCCAGACACUGAAGACCAGGAAGGCAACAGGAGACACCAGAAGCCUAGAGCACCCCGAGAGUCCCAGUCCCCCCGAGAGUCCCAGUCCCCCCAGUCCCGUUAG